AGCCCAAGGGGCAAGAGCUAAUAAUAAAGGAGCCCCAACAGCUCUGUAAGGUUUUCAUUUCUUUUGUAUAUCAAAGGAAAAAAGGAAAAAAAAAAUCAGAUAAGGAAAAACUUCAUUUGUUUGAAGAUGGGAAAGAAGGUUGCUAUCAUCAGCGUUUGCUCUGUGUUCCUGGUGGCCAUGGUGGUUGCUGUGGCAGUUGGUGUUAGCCGCAGCCACGGUGGAAGAGGUAACGGUGGUGGUGCAACUCCUACAGGUGAGAUAUCGACUUCUACCAAGGCGAUCAAAGCCAUUUGCCAACCCACUGAUUACAGAGAAACAUGUGAGAAAAGCCUCUCAUCUGCCAACACCACUGAUCCCAAGGAGCUUAUCAAGAUUGGCUUCCAAGCCGCUAUCUCUGAGAUUAAGAAAGUAAUCGCCAACUCAUCCACCGUGAAAGAGGUAGCCAAGGACCCAAUGGCCCGUCAGGCUCUUGAGAAUUGCCAUGAGCUCAUGGACUAUGCCAUUGAUGAUCUUAAGAACUCUUUCAAUCAACUGGGGGAAUUCGACUUCAGCAAACUCGAUGAGUAUAUCGAAAACCUCAAGAUUUGGCUCGGUGGAGCCAUCACAUACCAACAAACUUGCUUGGAUGGAUUCAUGAACACAACCGGUGAAGCUGGAAAAAAGAUGCAGGCACUUUUGAAGACUUCUCAGGAGCUCACUAGCAAUGGUUUGGCCAUGGUUUCCGAGAUUUCUUCAAUCCUCGGCAACCUCAACAUUCAAAACAUCGGCGAAAUCAGCACUGGCCAACGUAGGCUCUUUGCUGAGAAUGGUUUCCCUAUGUGGGUCAGCUCAGAGCAGCGCUCCCGCAUUCGGCAAACUCCUGCCACCAUUAAGCCUAAUGUUGUCGUUGCCAAAGACGGAAGUGGCAAAUACACCAGCAUCAACGAGGCCCUGCAAGAGGUCCCCAAGGACAAUCCCACCACAUUUGUCAUAUACAUUAAGGCUGGAGUUUACAAGGAGCAAGUGAUCGUCACCAAGAGCAUGACCAAUGUUAUGUUCAUUGGAGAUGGCCGCACCAAGACCAAGAUCACCGGUGACUUGAACUACGCUGAUGGAACUGGCACAUUCAGGACUGCAACAGUUGGUGUGGUCGGUGAUGGAUUCAUAGCCAAGGACAUUGGAUUCGAGAACACUGCUGGAGCAAUCAAGCACCAAGCUGUAGCACUUCGUGUGCAGAGCGAUCAAUCCAUCUUCUACAACUGCCAGAUGGAUGGUUACCAAGACACCCUCUACGCCCACAGCCACCGUCAAUUCUACAGGGACUGCACCAUCUCUGGAACCAUUGACUUCAUCUUCGGCGAUUCCGCUACCGUCUUGCAGAACUGCAAAAUCAUCGUCAGGAAGCCACUGGAGAACCAACAAUGCAUCGUCACCGCCCAAGGAAGGAUCGAACGUCGUGAGGUCUCCGCCCUUGUUCUCCAGAACUGCACCAUCUCUGGCGACCCAGAGUACCUCCCUGUGAAGGACAAGAACAAGGCAUACCUCGGCCGCCCAUGGAAGGAGUUCUCCAGGACCCUCAUCAUGCAAUCUCAGAUCGAUGACAUCAUUGCCCCAGAGGGAUGGUUGCCCUGGAACGGUGACUUCGCUCUCAACACUUUGUGGUACGCUGAGUUCGGCAACAGGGGCCCUGGUGCAGUUCAGACCCACAGGGUUACCUGGAGGGGCAUCAAGAAGAUCAAUGCAGCUAUAGCUCGGAGGUUCACCCCUGGCGUGUUCUUGCGCGGUGACGACUGGAUCCCCAAGGCCGGUGUUCCUUACACUCCUGGCUUGAUUCGUGGACUGUAGACAAAAAUCAAAACAUGGAGAUGAUGAACAGCUUAUAGUAAUUAGUGUUACAAUUUAUUUAUAUAUAUAAAAAUUCUCCACAUUGUAUUGUUUUCUAAUGCCCUGUAAAAUUUUAGAUUACCCCUUGGGCACUAAGGAUUAAAUAAAUUGGCAAAACCCAAAACCAAAAAAAAAAAAAACAAAA